CUUAUCUCUAGAACGACGCGGGGCCAACAUGGCGGCGUCGGCGGCCGGUUCAGGCCUGAGGGGAGGGAGCGAUGGCGGCGGCUCCGGACCUUCUGUUUCCUCAUCCUCGCUAUCCAUGGAGCAAAUCCGGGCGCUCACUGACCUGCCGGAGCUGGAGGCCGCCUACAGCCGCCUGUGCGGGGAGGAGAAAGCCGUGGAAGAAGAGUUGGAGAUGCUUCUGGAACAGCAGAGCUCCAUGGAGAGCAAGAUGGCUACCCUUCAUCGCAUGGGUCCUAACCUGCAGCUCAUUGAAGGCGAUGCGAAGCAGCUAGCUGGAAUGAUCACUUUCACCUGCAAUCUGGCUGAGAAUGUCAGCAGCAAAGUCCGACAGCUCGACCUUGCCAAGAAUCGCCUCUAUCAAGCCAUCCAGAGAGCAGACGACAUUCUGGACUUGAAGUUCUGCAUGGAUGGAGUCCAGACAGCCCUGAGGAAUGAAGAUUAUGAACAGGCUGCUGCGCAUAUUCAUCGCUACCUUUCUUUGGACAAAUCUGUCAUUGAGCUCAGCAGGCAGGGCCGGGAAGGCAGCAUAAUUGAGGCCAACUUGAAGCUUCUGCAGGAGGCAGAGCAGCGCCUGAAGGUGAUUGUGACUGAGAAAUUUGACAUUGCCACAAAACAGGAAGACCUGCCCCAAGUGGAACGCUUUUUCAAGAUAUUUCCUCUGCUGGGCUUGCAUGAAGAAGGACUAAGUAAAUUCUCCGAGUACCUGUGCAAACAGGUUGCAAAUAAAGCGGAGGAGAACCUGCAGUUGGUGAUGAAGACAGACAUGAGUGACCGUAGAGCUGCAGCUAUCUUUGCAGACACGCUGACCCUACUUUUUGAAGGGAUUGCCCGUAUUGUGGAGACCCACCAGCCCAUUGUGGAGACCUACUAUGGACCAGGCAGGCUUUAUACACUGAUUAAGCACCUACAGACAGAAUGUGAUCGACAGGUAGAAAAGGUUGUGGACAAGUUUAUCCAGCAGAGAUCCUAUCACAGACAGUUUCAGCAUGUUCAGAACAGCAUGAUGAGGAGUUCAGUUGCAGAAAAGAUUGAGCCAAGGGAACUUGACCCCAUUUUAACGGAGGUUACCUUGAUGAAUGCACGGAGUGAGCUGUAUCUGAGAUUCAUUAGACGGCGCAUCAUCUCCGACUUUGAGGUGGGAGAUUCCAUGGCUUCAGAGGAUGUGAAGCAAGAGCAUCAGAAGUGCCUGGACAAGCUGCUGAACAACUGCUUACUGAGCUGCGCCAUGCAGGAGCUGAUUGGCUACUAUAUUACCAUGGAGGAGUAUUUCAUGAGGGAGACUGUCAACAAGGCUGUUGCUAUGGACACAUGUGAGAAGGGUCAGCUGACCUCCAGUAUGGUGGAUGAUGUCUUCUAUAUCGUGAAGAAGUGCAUUGGGCGGGCUCUUUCCAGCUCCAGCAUUGACUGUCUCUGUGCUAUGAUCAAUCACUCCAUCACGGAGCUGGAGUCAGAUUUCAGGGAGGUCUUGUGCAACAAACUCAAGAUGGGUUUCCCAGCCACCACAUUCCAGGACUUCCAGAGAGGUGUGACCAGCGCAGUGAGCAUCAUGCACAGCAGCCUUCAGCAGGGCAAGUUUGACACCAAAGGCAUUGAAAGUACAGAUGAGGCCAAGCAGUCCUUUCUGGUGACAUUAAACAAUGUGGAGAUCUGCAGUGAAAACAUCAUGACACUAAAGAAGACCCUGGAGAGUGACUGUGCCAAGCUGCUUAGCCAGGGGUUUGGGGGUGAACAAGCACAACCCAAGAUUGACAGCUGUCUUUCAGACAUGGCUGCCAUGUCCAACAAGUUUCGAGAUCUGUUGCAGGAAGGGUUGAAUGAGCUCACUAACUCAGCUAUCAAGCCACAGGUGAAACCUUGGAUCAACCUCUUCCUGUCAGUCUCCCAUAACAUUGAAGAGGUGAGUCCUACUGCCUGCUCAUUUGAACUGCUCAGAUGGUACAGAGAAGGGGCUGUUGGAACAAACUCCUCCUACUUUCCAGCAGAGAAAUACAACCAAAACAGCAAGCUAGAGAAUGGCUGGGCUAAAACCGACUGGCACAGCUCUCUUUUAUGCUGCUGGUAGUUUUAAGUACUCUUGUGGGUUUUAAAGAAA